UCUUUCUGCUCUCCUACACAGUCAGGAGCAAGAGGCCCCUGGUCAGAGCUCAGACGGAGCGAUUUGGCUCACAGGUUGGAGUUGCUGGCACUGGGAACUUUGGAGCAUCAAUGGUAACAAUGAACCCCAUGCUUCUGCUGUGUGUGUCCUUACCCCUCAUUGUGGCAACAACAUCAUUUGAAGAUCAUGAUGACUUGGAUGGCACACUACAUGUCAGCAUUCCAAUGGAUAUGCCUCUUCAGCCUCUCCUUGGUGGCAAGGUAGUGGUGCCAUGCUACUUCCAGGACAACACUGUUAAUGACCCUGGGGCCCCAACUAUUGCUCCACUCUCUCAUCGCAUCAAGUGGUCAUAUGUCACCAAGGAAAAUGUCACCACAAUCCUAGUAGCAUCUGAGGGAAAGGUUCACGUGGAAACUGAGUAUUUGGACAGAGUUACAAUGGUCAACUACCCACUGGUACCCACUGAUGCUACCAUGGAGAUGACAGAGUUGAGAUCCAAAGAUUCUGGCACCUACCGCUGUGAAGUGAUGCAUGGGAUUGAAGAUAAUUAUGACUCUGUGGAUGUCCAGGUGCAAGGUAUCGUGUUCCACUACCGAGCCAUUUCUACCCGCUAUACCCUUACAUUUGAGAAGGCCAAAGCAGCCUGUAUCCAGAACAGUGCCACCAUUGCCACUCCAGCCCAGCUCCAGGCCGCCUAUGAUGAUGGAUACCACCAAUGUGAUGCUGGAUGGCUGUCCGAUCAGACCGUUCGGUACCCCAUCCAUGUUCCACGUGAACCUUGCUAUGGAGACAAGGAGAACUUCCCUGGUGUAAGAACCUAUGGAGUUAGAGAUGUUAAUGAGACUUACGAUGUCUACUGUUUUGCUGAGAAAAUGUCAGGCACUGUUUUCUACUCUACAUCUGUAGUAAAGUUUACUUUCUAUGAAGCAGCAGAUCAAUGUGCAAAGCUUGGUGCCCGUCUUGCCACUACUGGAGAGCUCUACUUGGCCUGGAAGGCUGGCAUGAAUGUGUGUAAUGCUGGCUGGCUGGCAGACAGGAGUGUACGCUACCCCAUCAACAUUGCCAGACCUCAGUGUGGAGGGGGACUUUUAGGAGUGAGGACGGUCUACCUGUUCCAAAACCAGACAGGAUACCCGUACCCAGACUCUCGCUACGACGCUAUCUGCUUCCAAGCAUAUGUGGACAGACGUUCUGUGCCCAUGAGAACUACACCCUUUCCUGAUAUCAUGCCCAUCACGCCCGGCCCUGUGGGCUUCCCCACACUCACUAUCACUUCUGCCGGUGAGGAAGUCAAAAAAGCAGACGUGGACAUUCUUUCUCUACUGCCUAUCCCAUCCAGUGUGACGGACUUGGAUGUUGCUAUGGCUCCCACAGGUGUGGUGUUCCACUACCGGCCAAUCACGGGUCGGUACACUUUGACCUUUCUGGAGUCUAUUGAGGCAUGUGAGAGCAUUGGGGCAGUCAUCGCCAGCCCCCAGCAGCUGCAGGCGGCCUAUGAGGACGGUUUACACCAAUGUGAUGCUGGCUGGCUCCGUGACCAGUCUGUCAGGUAUCCCAUCGUGUCACCCAGAGAUAACUGUGCUGGCAAUCUGUUAACCCUCCCAGGAGUUCGAUCAUAUGGCCUUCGUCCAGCCAGUGAACGCUACGAUGUCUUUUGUUACGUGGAAACGUUUACAAGUGAUUAUGACAGCUUCUCCUAUGAGGAGGCAGUGCAGCAUUGUCAAAAGCUCAAUACCACCCUGGCCACCACCGAGCUUUAUGCCGCUUGGAAACAAGGACUUGAUAAGUGCCGUCCAGGCUGGCUGAUGGACCGCAGUGUCCGAUACCCAUCACAACCCCCAGGACACACUGUGGAGGGGCCAGGUGGGGUUCACAUUAUCUACUCCUUCCCCAACCAGACAGGCUUCCCAGAUGAGCACUCGCGCUACGAUGCUUACUGUUUCAAAAGUAAGAAAGAUGAAGCACCUGCUGUUGAUAUUGAUAUUGAACCCUCCUUUGACCUGACGAUAGUGAAGGUGGACGUGACCAACAAGACAACAAUCACAACUGAGCAAAUUGCCCCAACUGUUGAACCUUCCAUUGUUUACACUGAAAAUGAAACCAGUGUAAAUGUGACUGUCAUAGAGGAGGAAAAAAUCAUCAGUGCAACAGUCACAAUUCAACAAGUUGCUCCAACAGUUCAUGCUGAUGUGUUCUGCUUUGGCUCAGCUGAUCUUUCAGCCAGUGGGGAACCCUCAGGCGAGUCUGGUGUCUUCAGCGCCAGUGGCGAUGUCUCUGGAUCAGGACUUCACAUCAUCUUCAGUGGUGAUGGGGACAUCGUCUCCACAGAUGGAUCUGCCUCUGGAGGUCCCCAGGAGGCAGGGGAGGGAAGUGCUGAAAUCUGCACACAUGGAGAACUGGGAUCUGGGGUCAGUGCAUCUGGAUCUGCAUCUGGGGAGGGGAUGGAUGGACCGUCUGGUUUCAGUGGCUUCACAUCUGGAUUAGGUUCUGCCAGUGGACUUGGCGAUAUCAGUGGAAGUGGCGACAUCAGUGGAGUUGGCGAUAUCAGUGGACUUGGUGAUAUCAGUGGAAGUGGCAUCAUCAGUGGAAGUGGCGUCAUCAGUGGAAGUGGCAUCAUCAGUGGAAGUGGUGAAGACUCAGUAAUUAUAAUGGUGGGUGAAGAAUUGGUGGAUCUAUCAAAAACACAAGCUAAACCAACAGAGCAGGAAUUUGGCCAGAGUGGAAUUGAUAUCAGUGGUGCUUUCUCAGGAUCAGGUAUAUCUGGAUUCUCAGGAUUAGAUAUAUCUGGCUUCUCAGGUUCGGGUAUAUCUGAAAUCUCAGGUUCAGAUAUAUCGGGAUUCUCAGGAUCAGAUGUUUCCGGAUUCUCUGGAACAGAUAUAUCUGGAUUCUCCGGAACGGAUAUAUCUGGAUCCUCUGGCUUCUCAGGAUCAGAUAUAUCUGGAAUGUCAGGAUCAGAUGUUUCAGGAUCAGGGAUCAUUUCUGGAUCAGGCACAAGUGGAUUUCCUGAAAUAUCAUUUGUCGAGCACAGUCUGGUUGACUUAACAGGUGAAGUUUCUGGAGAGCAGGAAGUGUCUGGAUAUUGUCCCUUUGGGUCAGGGUUUCCCAGUGGUUUCCCAAGUGGUUUUCCAUCUGGUCUUUCAGGCAGCGGCUCUGCCUCUGGGGAAAUUUUCCAUUCCCAUGGUGAUGUCAUCUACAUAACAGAUGAACCAAUGUUGGAAGUGACUACACAUAAACUGGCACACCAACCUGAACAGGGCAGGGGGGUGGUGGAGAUAAGUGGGAUGGGAAGUAGAUCAGGGAUCCAUGUUGAAUCCAGUGGCACUUUGACCCACAGCUGGGACACCUCAGAUAGCAGAGCCAGUCAUGAAGAAUCAAUCACAGAAGAGGUUUCUAUAGUCCUCCCAACUAGAUCCACCGUCACUUCCCUAGAGUACAUCACCAGCCUGAGUCAAUCAGGUGUUGAAGAGAAGUUGGAUGUGGAGCCAGAACAGGAAGGACAUGCAGGACCUACAGAUGAGAUUUAUGUCACAAGUCCAGCAGAGGCCUACACCAGCCCAACUACAGCAGCAUCAAUGCCACUUGUAACUCCUGCAGCUGUGGAACAGCCCGAAACAACUGAAUCAGUGCAGGGCUGUGCUGAAGGCUGGUUAGAGUUCAUGGGCAGCUGUUACCUCCACUUUCUGGAGAGAGACACCUGGUCUGAGGCCGAGCAGCGCUCUAAUGUGGCUGACGUAACAAUGAACCCCAUGCUUCUGCUGUGUGUGUCCUUACCCCUCAUUGUGGCAACAACAUCAUUUGAAGAUCAUGAUGACUUGGAUGGCACACUACAUGUCAGCAUUCCAAUGGAUAUGCCUCUUCAGCCUCUCCUUGGUGGCAAGGUAGUGGUGCCAUGCUACUUCCAGGACAACACUGUUAAUGACCCUGGGGCCCCAACUAUUGCUCCACUCUCUCAUCGCAUCAAGUGGUCAUAUGUCACCAAGGAAAAUGUCACCACAAUCCUAGUAGCAUCUGAGGGAAAGGUUCACGUGGAAACUGAGUAUUUGGACAGAGUUACAAUGGUCAACUACCCACUGGUACCCACUGAUGCUACCAUGGAGAUGACAGAGUUGAGAUCCAAAGAUUCUGGCACCUACCGCUGUGAAGUGAUGCAUGGGAUUGAAGAUAAUUAUGACUCUGUGGAUGUCCAGGUGCAAGGUAUCGUGUUCCACUACCGAGCCAUUUCUACCCGCUAUACCCUUACAUUUGAGAAGGCCAAAGCAGCCUGUAUCCAGAACAGUGCCACCAUUGCCACUCCAGCCCAGCUCCAGGCCGCCUAUGAUGAUGGAUACCACCAAUGUGAUGCUGGAUGGCUGUCCGAUCAGACCGUUCGGUACCCCAUCCAUGUUCCGCGUGAACCUUGCUAUGGAGACAAGGAGAACUUCCCUGGUGUAAGAACCUAUGGAGUUAGAGAUGUUAAUGAGACUUACGAUGUCUACUGUUUUGCUGAGAAAAUGUCAGGCACUGUUUUCUACUCUACAUCUGUAGUAAAGUUUACUUUCUAUGAAGCAGCAGAUCAAUGUGCAAAGCUUGGUGCCCGUCUUGCCACUACUGGAGAGCUCUACUUGGCCUGGAAGGCUGGCAUGAAUGUGUGUAAUGCUGGCUGGCUGGCAGACAGGAGUGUACGCUACCCCAUCAACAUUGCCAGACCUCAGUGUGGGGGACUUUUAGGAGUGAGGACGGUCUACCUGUUCCAAAACCAGACAGGAUACCCGUACCCAGACUCUCGCUACGACGCUAUCUGCUUCCAAGCAUAUGUGGACAGACGUUCUGUGCCCAUGAGAACUACACCCUUUCCUGAUAUCAUGCCCAUCACGCCCGGCCCUGUGGGCUUCCCCACACUCACUAUCACUUCUGCCGGUGAGGAAGUCAAAAAAGCAGACGUGGACAUUCUUUCUCUACUGCCUAUCCCAUCCAGUGUGACGGACUUGGAUGUUGCUAUGGCUCCCACAGGUGUGGUGUUCCACUACCGGCCAAUCACGGGUCGGUACACUUUGACCUUUCUGGAGUCUAUUGAGGCAUGUGAGAGCAUUGGGGCAGUCAUCGCCAGCCCCCAGCAGCUGCAGGCGGCCUAUGAGGACGGUUUACACCAAUGUGAUGCUGGCUGGCUCCGUGACCAGUCUGUCAGGUAUCCCAUCGUGUCACCCAGAGAUAACUGUGCUGGCAAUCUGUUAACCCUCCCAGGAGUUCGAUCAUAUGGCCUUCGUCCAGCCAGUGAACGCUACGAUGUCUUUUGUUACGUGGAACGUUUACAAGGUGAGGUCUUCUUUACCAGUGAUUAUGACAGCUUCUCCUAUGAGGAGGCAGUGCAGCAUUGUCAAAAGCUCAAUACCACCCUGGCCACCACCGGGCAGCUUUAUGCCGCUUGGAAACAAGGACUUGAUAAGUGCCGUCCAGGCUGGCUGAUGGACCGCAGUGUCCGAUACCCCAUCACAACCCCCAGGACACACUGUGGAGGGGGCCAGGUUGGGGUUCACAUCUUCCCCCAACCAACAGGCUUCCCAGAUGAGCACUCGCGCUACGAUGCUUACUGUUUCAAAAGUAAGAAAGAUGAAGCACCUGCUGUUGAUAUUGAUAUUGAACCCUCCUUUGACCUGACGAUAGUGAAGGUGGACGUGACCAACAAGACAACAAUCACAACUGAGCAAAUUGCCCCAACUGUUGAACCUUCCAUUGUUUACACUGAAAAUGAAACCAGUGUAAAUGUGACUGUCAUAGAGGAGGAAAAAAUCAUCAGUGCAACAGUCACAAUUCAACAAGUUGCUCCAACAGUUCAUGCUGAUGUGUUCUGCUUUGGCUCAGCUGAUCUUUCAGCCAGUGGGGAACCCUCAGGCGAGUCUGGUGUCUUCAGCGCCAGUGGCGAUGUCUCUGGAUCAGGACUUCACAUCAUCUUCAGUGGUGAUGGGGACAUCGUCUCCACAGAUGGAUCUGCCUCUGGAGGUCCCCAGGAGGCAGGGGAGGGAAGUGCUGAAAUCUGCACACAUGGAGAACUGGGAUCUGGGGUCAGUGCAUCUGGAUCUGCAUCUGGGGAGGGGAUGGAUGGACCGUCUGGUUUCAGUGGCUUCACAUCUGGAUUAGGUUCUGCCAGUGGACUUGGCGAUAUCAGUGGAAGUGGCGACAUCAGUGGAGUUGGCGAUAUCAGUGGACUUGGUGAUAUCAGUGGAAGUGGCAUCAUCAGUGGAAGUGGCGUCAUCAGUGGAAGUGGCAUCAUCAGUGGAAGUGGUGAAGACUCAGUAAUUAUAAUGGUGGGUGAAGAAUUGGUGGAUCUAUCAAAAACACAAGCUAAACCAAGAGCAGAAUUUGGCCAGAGUGGAAUUGAUAUCAGUGGUGCUUUCUCAGGAUCAGGUAUAUCUGGAUUCUCAGGAUUAGAUAUAUCUGGCUUCUCAGGUUCGGGUAUAUCUGAAAUCUCAGGUUCAGAUAUAUCGGGAUUCUCAGGAUCAGAUGUUUCCGGAUUCUCUGGAACAGAUAUAUCUGGAUUCUCCGGAACGGAUAUAUCUGGAUCCUCUGGCUUCUCAGGAUCAGAUAUAUCUGGAAUGUCAGGAUCAGAUGUUUCAGGAUCAGGGAUCAUUUCUGGAUCAGGCACAAGUGGAUUUCCUGAAAUAUCAUUUGUCGAGCACAGUCUGGUUGACUUAACAGGUGAAGUUUCUGGAGAGCAGGAAGUGUCUGGAUAUUGUCCCUUUGGGUCGGGUUUCCCAGUGGUUUCCAAGUGGUUUUCCAUCUGGUCUUUCAGGCAGCGGCUCUGCCUCUGGGGAAAUUUCCAUUCCCAUGGUGAUGUCAUCUACAUAACAGAUGAACCAAUGUUGGAAAUCCCCGUCACUUCCCUAGAGUACAUCACCAGCCUGAGUCAAUCAGGUGUUGAAGAGAAGUUGGAUGUGGAGCCAGAACAGGAAGGACAUGCAGGACCUACAGAUGAGAUUUAUGUCACAAGUCCAGCAGAGGCCUACACCAGCCCAACUACAGCAGCAUCAAUGCCACUUGUAACUCCUGCAGCUGUGGAACAGCCCGAAACAACUGAAUCAGUGCAGGGCUGUGCUGAAGGCUGGUUAGAGUUCAUGGGCAGCUGUUACCUCCACUUUCUGGAGAGAGACACCUGGUCUGAGGCCGAGCAGCGCUGUCAGGAGCUUGAUGCUCACCUAGUCAGCAUCACCUCCCAGGAAGAGCAGCAGUUUGUAAAUUCCAAUGGCCAGGACUACCAGUGGAUAGGACUCAAUGACAAAGACGUGCAGAAUGAAUUCCGCUGGACAGAUGGCACUGCUCUGUCCUUUGAGAACUGGAGGCCCAACCAACCCGACAACUACUUUAACUCUGGGGAGGACUGUGUGGUGAUGAUUUGGCACGAGGGUGGACAAUGGAACGACGUGCCCUGCAACUACCACCUUCCCUUCACCUGCAAGACUGGUUCAGUCAUGUGCCAAACGCCUCCUGAGGUGCCUCACGGCAGGCCAAUGGGUGGCAGCAGAGAGCGCUACCCUGCCAACUCUAUAGUGCGCUACCAGUGCAAUGAAGGGUACAUACAGCGCCACCAUCCUGUCAUACGCUGUAUGCCAAAUGGUCAGUGGGAGAAGCCACAAGUGGAGUGUACAGAAGCCGGCACCAACAGUAACAGGCUACACAAAAGAUCCAUCAGGAGCAGAAGUAAAGGCGUCAACAGCCAACAGGAAGAGCGGAAGCUGCUCUGAGGAGAAAUGAAAGGACAUACAGAGAGCCACAAAGGAGCCAUGUUGUAAAGAAGUGUGGACACCAAUGUCAAUGUCCAAACCGUCACAUUCCCGCCGUGUAAAUACAAACAUUGUAUCACACUCAGACAGUCGUAGCUUUUACACCUCAGAGUGUCACCCUGCAACAUUUCAAAAGGGAUAUCUAUUUAAAGUGUGCAAUUUAUAGCUGUUCUUCAGUAUUUGGAAACAAUGUCUCAGAAAAAUUCUUUGCAGUCAUUUGGCAACACCACCGGUGAAUUAUUGGGGGGGGGGGGGGGGGGGGGGAAUAUAUCAAAUCAGGCAGAGACAAAUACAGACUGUGGCGUGGCACACAAAGUGAAAAAUUGCCCAGUUAAAGUGUUUAAAGUAACAACCCCAUUCUCUGCAUUAAAUGCAUUGUCAAAUAGAUUUUAAAGAUAUUUUUAGAUUUUUUUUUUUUUUAGAUCUGUGUUUCUCAGUAUUUUUUUAGUUCUUUUUCAGUGUUAGACAGAGCAGUGAAA